AUGGACUGUUGUUGUACAUAUAAACUACAACUAGACAAACUGAAUGCCAUACUUGAUAAACAAACUGGUUGUACAAUUAAUUUAACUGAAAUGGCGAAUGAUGCAGGAGACUUUUUCACGUAUACUGAAGAGGAGGAACAUUUGAAAUCGUUUUUUCAUCUAUUUUCUCUACUCACCCAGAAGAUCAAAAAACUGGCAUCAGUUUCAUCAAGUGAAGAAAGGUACAUCAAAUAUCAAAACCACAAUAAGAACGAAUUUAUAGAUGGAAUGGAUACUACAAGACACGAUUGUGACGGAAAUUUCGUUAAUAUAUGGAGUGACAUUCAUUUAUUUAAUCAAUGUCUUAGUGAACAAAUUCAGUAUGCACGCAAUUAUACAAUGGCAUAUCACUCAUUACAUGAACUACGCAGUGCAAUACAUUCAUGGUCAAAUGAAAUGAUGAUUAACUGGAGAGAAAGGGAGUUUUCAGGGACAUAUGAAGAAGCAUUGGAAAUAUCUGGUUUAAUACAGAAUACUCGUAAUCAUUAUUUAUCGUGUUGGUAUAAAACUGAUCAACUGGUCGGAAUACAAUCACAAAUAGUUUCACUUUCUCUGGGUUCUAAAUUUCCACCAGAAAAGUCUAAACUACUGUGCAAUUGUCAGUUACAUGAAAUAACGGUAACGCCAGAAGAUGAAAUUUACCCUCAGAAAAGGCUAAGUAAUACAAGGUGGCUCAGCGACAUUGCGGUAAACCAUGACGAGGGUUGUUCUACUUCACAGGCGAACUGGAAGUCACCAAUUCAGUUGAAUACUACUACUACUAAUUCCGUCUCUGCUGCUGCUACUUUCACUACUGACAAAAAUAAGAAGCCAACAUUUUUCUGUCGCUUAUUCAACAAACAAAAAUCAAAACAGAAAAUCAAUUCGAAUAAUCAGAAAGCGAGUCAUGCAACAAGAAAGCAUUCUAAAUGGUUAAAACAAGUAAAUAUGCCGGAACUUUGUAUGCUAUCCGCUGAAACAGAUGAGAAAUUUCAAAGUUCUCUGUAUGAAGUGCAAUGCACACUAUAUGAUACAUGGUUAUUUGAUGACAGUAUAAUUGAAAAGGUUCUAUUAAAGUUUCUCACGAAGGUGUUCGCUCUGUGGAAUACGCUAAAUGUGCAAACGUAUUUCCUUUUACAGUUUAUUAAAUGUAUGCCUGUUAAAUGGUGUGAAAACCAACAGGAUUUGUACUCCUUUUUAAUCAUCACUGAAGAUUUAUUCUCAGUGAAAGUGGAGUCAACAUCAGAAUUUCAAGAAUUUUUGCAUGAAACGCGUUUACUGCGGUUGGCGCUGAUUGAUUUGUCUAAUGCUGGUUCAGGUCAACAGUAUAACUCUGUGGACAGCUCGUGUGAAUACUCUGGACCAGCCAAAUGUACUAAAGAUAUGGAAACAUUUUAUUAUCAGGAGAGAGAAGUUGAAAGUUUAAUUCAUGAAUAUUGUAUAUUUAAACAAGUGUGCAAUCUUUAUGAAUCCCAAAUACUAGAGAACAAAAGUGUAGCGAUAUCUCCCCAAUCACGUGAAACAAAAUGUAGCUUACAUAAUGUACUGAGACCAGUAUCAGGAGAAUUAAUCUGGAAAUCUCUAAGCGGAUACAUUAACAACUCAGUACAGAAUACAAAUUUUAUGAAAACAUCAUUCUCUUCAUCUUUAUUCAGACGAAGUUCACAAUAUUUCAGAAGAUUUGAAUCGGAUGGAUCAUUUGUGGAAAAGAAAUUGGAUUUGAAUAACAAUACAAGAAUAAAAUCACCUAAUUCAGAAAUCAACCUCGCUGGAAAUAAUAUAUGGAGAAAUUCUGAGUUGUUUCCAUUUGAGAAGGCGUCAAGCUCUGCAGUGAAUUCAAGUGGUAAAAGUUUGAACAAGACAACUUUAACAAUUAGAAUUAAUCAACCAAGAAGAAGAAAUAAGUUUAAAUCGAUCAGCUCAGACAUUAUAUCUAAUACGGACAGUUUCAACUUGGUAAAAGAACAUGCAGAGAACAAUCAAUCUAUAAUAAACAAUUCAACAGUGAUUGACAGAAGUAAUCGUUCAGAAGUUGAUAUUCCAAACUCAGUUCUCAGAAAAAAUUACACAGAUGAUGACAAAAGUGAUACUUUACUGAGUGACACUUCUAUUUCUUCAUCAAAAGAAUGUGUUUCAUCUCUGUUCUCAUUUCAUCAAAUCCAAUAUCCAAGAGACUACUGUGAAUCAGCAAUGAGUGACAUAAAUUCUACAGAAUCAACAACACUGGACUCAUUAGUAAAUUCAAGUUCAGAAACAAUAGCGGUCGACAGACAUGUGCAAGGAAAUAAUAAGGUUAGAGUAGCAAAUAAUAAUUAUUUUGCAGAAGAAAAUGUCCUGGUAGAAAGUGAAACAACCAAUCAGAUGCCAGAUAUGAAAGUCAGAAAUGUUGAAAUAACCCAUAGUACUUCACGAGGUGGAAAUGGAACUAAGAGUUCAUAGUUAUAAUCUGUUAGCGGAGUAUAAUAAUUAUCUUUUGCCAAUUAUUUAUUGGAACACUGCUGUAAUGUUUCUAUUCCGGCUUAUUUUGACUUUCAUUUAUAUGGCAGACCUCUAGUUAUGUUGGAUAAUUGAUAAGAUGUUUACGGACUGCAUUUCAUGUUUUUGGAUAUUUCAUCCUUAAUUUGC